CGACAGGCGAUUCUUCCUUGUCCCCAGUCCAGCACACAAGUUUCUGUUGUUUUCGCUGCAUGCUCUCGCUGCACAGUACUCUUGGCGCACAGUUGAAGAUUACACCGCAGUUUCAGUGCUCUUGACGCGUGGUUCGCUGCCUCAACCUUUAUUCCUUUUUCCGGUACCUCUAGAGGGGGCAAAAACCUCAAACCUGUCCGCCGCGACGAGCUUCACUCCGCGUAUCGAAGAUCGAGGUGACAAGACAGACCCGUCGUGUGCGGCCGCUGCGCCGGGAGGCGCGAAAAGGCGGACGACGCGAGUUCAUCCGAGUUCGCUUCUGUCUGCAAAUCCCCUUCGUUUCAUGUCCUUUUCGUCCUCCUCUUCCUGUCAAUUUUUCACCUCCCCCAUCUCGUGACAAAGGGAUGCCGAACUCGCGCAGCCGACAGUGUGGACCUACAGAGGGAGAAUCCGAGACCCGUUGUAGAUCAAUGCUUCAUGACGCAAUAAUGCUGGCAAGAACUGCAGAAAAUUGUUGCUCCUCAUCGAGAAGUCUUUGUGGAGCAUGAGGAAGCUAAGAGGCUUCGACCGGUCACUAUGGCCAGCAUGCACCGGGUGUACGUACACCCCGUGAGUGGGGGCAGGCUGGUGCCGGCACCCGCGCUGCUGCCGAGUCGAGGGGUUUCUUCGAAUUUGUCUUUUCACUUUGUUUUCUCUCUCCUGUGGCUUCUUCUCUUUUCUUCGCGUCGAAAAAUGGAGAAAGUCUUUCAUCCUCGGCUUCUGCAGUCUGUCCUGCUGUGCCAUUUCGGUCGUCCACCCGAAGGCCGCACUUGUGCGAUCUGUUGUUUUUCUCUUCUUUUCUUUCGCUGUUUCUCCGCUCUCUCUCUUCUCCGUGCUGCUGCCACUGCGUUCUUCGUCUCCUUGAUGGAUCUUGCCCCGGCUUUUCCUCCACUCGCUUGUUUUCUGCUCUCUUGUUCUAGUCUCUCUCGUCCUUUUCUCGUCUGCUCUUCUCGCUCUUCUCUUCUUCGCCGUCCGCCUUCCCCUCCACCCAGGAAAGCAACUCGGUCGUCCCGGGUCUCAGGCCUGAUGACCGGCCCUCGUCUGUUACUCGUCUUUCUAGGUUUCUCUAUUUUUCUCUCCUCAAACGCAGAAGGAAGAAACUGUCGCAUCGUUUCUCUCUCGGCGCUGGAUCACCCAGCGUCGCUGCACCCGACUGCGGCUUCUGCCGUCUCUCUGUAUGACGACUCUCUCUUUCACCAGUCCAAGGGUGCGGUGCUGCCCCCCUCGCGCGCAUCUUCGCUUCCUUCGAUCUUUUCUUUUCCUCCGUUUCCCCCCGCUCCAUCUUCGCUUCGCAAAUCCGAGGCUGCCGCUCCGCGUCGAGCUCGACUGUGGCCGCAAGAGAGACAAGCCGAAAGCGGCUCUCCCCCGAAAGAGACGAAAUACUCCCGGGGCUUCUUCGGAUCGCGCAGCCAAGCAACGCGGACUUGGAAACACCAGAACUGCAUGCUCUUCGCCACGGUCCACACCGCGCAGUGCGGUCAACUGUCGGCGACAGGUGGCGACGCCGCCGCGGUGUCUGCCCACGGCGAUUGCCCGAGCGAAUUGCAGCCACCGCGGGAAGGCGAAGAAAAAGACGCAGAGUGGAUACGGCACUCCAGUCGCGCCUCUCAGUCAGGUGUACCACCACCUGAACUGCGACAGCACGAAGCGUUCGCGGCGCGACCCCGGAGAGGAUUUUGCUUUCUUUUUUCCGGAGUCUCCAAGUGUCUGUUUGCGCCCUCCACGACUCUGAAUUCCGGAGGCUGUCUCGAGGCGAGAAUCUGCAACAGAACGUAUUCCUCUUGGCUCGGCAGGCCAGCCAUUUAUCGCGCUGCCUCGUCCGUGUUUUCGAGGUCGCUGCAGCCUCUCGCGGUUUCCUCUUCUCGUCUCUCGGGGUCUUUCCGAUCUCCCGCAAGCCGCCUUGGUUUGCCUUCCCAGGUGGAGUCCAGCGCUGCUGCAGUUCACCGCGAAGCGUUCGCCUCUCUGUGUCCAUCUCUCGCGAAUUCCGCAGGGAUCGCUAUCCCGUCGUCCGCGUCCCGGUCCCCCUUCGCUUCGACCUCGACAGCCUCAGGGACUCCCUUUCUCUCUCGCUUCCGCUUGGGGCUCCGCGACAGCCGGUCGCCGUCUUUCUUCCUCUCAAAUUGGGGACAACGGAGUAGUCCCCUUUCCUCGGCUUUCGCCUCCGCUUCUGGGAGCGCUUCUUCGGCUGCAGCGCCGGCGGCUCUGCCCGCCGCCUUGCCCUCUUUUCCAGAUCGAUCGCUGCUCUUGUCUCUGCUCUCCGACCUGGAGAACGCGGCGGCGACUGCGGCGACCGCGGCCACAGCUACUGUGCCUAUCCUUCUUUCCAGGCGAAGGCUCUCUCCCGCCCCCACUGUCUCUUGCGGUGCAUCCGAACAAGGAGACACGCCCGACCGCAAGCCGCUGUCUCCCCAACAACUGCUCAAAGCGCUCGCGGGACUCGCCUGGGCAACUCUGCAGCAUGGAGAAGCCUCGCUGCUGGACGAGAAAGCAACGGAUACAACAGAGGAGACCGAGCGCCUAGACGCUUUCCACAGACGCCUCGAUCGCCUGCUUAAACGGUUGCUCUCCCUCGAGCACUACACGGCCAGCGCAGCUGCUGCGUCUCCACGACCGCGGUCGGAGACAAGCGCCGCGGAUGGCGACGGCCAGGCUGGAGGCGGCGAGGAAGUGGGUGCGGCAAAGAAGGAUGCUGGAACGCCGCAAGAAGCUCAGGGGAAGGUUGGGAAACUGGAGUCGAAGGCCGCGAGGAAAAGCGACGUCUUGAUAGGCGGACCCGUCAGCGUUUACGUCGAGUACGUCCUCUUUCUCUUGCCGCUGUGGAAACAGCGGAGACAGCUGCUGGAGCGCGUGGAGGCCUGCAGAGUCCAGGGUGGAACCGAAGGCGCGUCGAGAGCCCUGGCCGCUGUCAGAGAUCUCCACUCGCUUCUGCGAAUGCUUCGCGAGCUGCAAGAACUCACCAGACUCAGACGCCUCUUCGUCACCUAUCUCGGGAUGGUCCAGCGCGGACCUGUGGGGUGGAGACACCCCCGAGAGCAGGCGGAGACGCCGGGGGCCGAGAAGACACUUGGUGCAGCCGAAGCGAAGGAACGGAACAGUCAACGAAACGAAGAAGAUCGACCGGCGGGGAAGGAGCAUCGUGUAGACGAGGCGGGCACUGAGACCGGAGAGGGAGGCAGCGGGAUCCUCGAAGAGGUCCGCGCGAUCGUGGAGGAAGGCAGAUGUCUUCUGCGUGAGUGGGGUCACGACGAAAAGGAUUUGAAGGCUGCGACGCCCGAGCUGGAGCAGAACGCAGAGGAAAGGCGACCGCGAGGAACAUGUGGAGCCUCAUCUGAAGAAAAGCAAAAAGAAUCCCAAUUCGCGUCUCUCUCGCUCCAGUCGCUUCUCCAGCCUGCGCCGGCUCUUGCCCCGUCUCAGCUGCGCCGCCUCGCUCAGAACCUCCUGGCUCUGGGUGUACGUACAGCGCAAGUCGAACGCGAGAUCGAGUCCCUUCGGCCGUUCUCAAACGUGAACUUCAGUUUCUUCGCCCUCGAGGGAGAGGAACGCCAGCCGGUCUCCGCAGAAGUCCCGUCUGAGAGUGUCACGGAGGCGAGCGUCCAAAACAUUGAGUUGAUGGACUCGUCUUCGACCCCGUCCUUUCCUGUUCUCGCUUCCCUUCCUGACAAACCUGAAAUGGUCUCGAACAACGACAUCUUUGUCGCUUCCUCGUCGUCCCCUCCUUUGCCUCCUUCGUCACCUUCCUCCUCCUCUUCGCCCUCUCCUGUCUCUUCGCUCCAGUCUCGGUUUCGAUUCCUUUCUGUGGGUGGCGCGCCUCGGGAUUCGAGCGCCGAAGAGCGAGAGCUUCAGGUCGCGCUUCUUCGCGGCUACGCGCGAGAGGGUCUGUGGCGCGAGGCGCUGAAGAAGCUGUCUCUGCUUGUUCGUUUCUUUGCGUCGGAGUUCCAAGAAGACGAAGCGAACGGCACGCGUUUCGCUCUCGACCAGAGGGGCAUCGGACAGCAAGCUCUCGCGCAGGAUCUUCGCACUGACAGGGCGAGUUGGGAGCGAAGUCUGUACCUGUCCGCUGCGACUGUGGCAGAAGCGUGUGCCGAGAAAGAACAGUACGUCGCAGCUGCCGAGGCGCUUGCGGUCCUGCCUUCUUCUCUCAGGCCCCCGACUCUCGACCUCCUUCUUCCUGCAUCGUCGUCUUUCUCUUCUUCGACUCCCGCUCUCUUCCCGCUCAUGCCGCCGCCUCUGGUGUCGCUUUCUCUCUCGCUCGCUCAUGCUCUCCAAGAUCGACUCAGAAGUCUGCAGUUCUACCGCUGCUCCUCCUCUUCUCCUUCUUCUUCUCCUCUCCCGUCUCCUUCUCUCUCGUCUCUUGCCUCGGCUUCUUCCUCUUCUUCGCUUGUCCACGCGAGCACAGCAGUCCCCUCGGAGUUCGUUGGCGGGCAGCACGGAGAUCGAGAUGAGCGCAUCGAAAGUUCUGCCUCCGCGCUUGCAUGCUCUCCUCAGACGGCGCGUCUGGCGAGGACGUUUCUGGAUGCUCUCACGUUUCUCGUUCUGCGUCUCCGACUGUGGACCGGAAUCGCAAGGAGACAAAGCCUCACACGGCGAGAGGCCUUGGAAGAGGCGGCGGUCGCGGCGGGGGAAGGGCACAGCGGCGCUUCAAGGCUGGACAAGAGAGAACGAGGACCUGCAGGAGAGUGGGCCGGCGCCGGCGAAGCUGUGGAGCAGCAAGAAACCGCGGACGGCGAGGCGGUGCUCACGAGAGAAGAAGACGAACACAAGCCUAGAGGAUCUCCGGAUUCGGCGUCCAAUGUCUUUUUGACAGAUGCAGAGAAGGCGCUCACCGCACUUGCAGCGUUUCUGUCUACAGCACAGAAGCGCGUGGCGUCUCUGUCGCAAGUCGCCGUGAACAUGCAGCAAGAAGAAAAGGACAAAGACGAAGGAGACAAAGACGAAGGAGAGGACGGCGGGCAGAGUGACCGUAUGUGCGGAGAGGGGGAGGACCCUGGCCUUGGAGCGGGGGGUACUUUGGACGCUGCCGUGGGUCGUCUUGCGAACUACCUGGAAGAAGAGGCUCGCGAGCGCGAGAAGACGCUGGCGUUCUUGGGCGCACCGAGACAUCCACGGGCGAUUCUGCGGUCUCUCAGGCAGGCGCGAGAUGCAGACGAACUUCCGCAGCUGAUCCAUGCCCUUGUUCAGAGGCAAGACGUCGCAACCGAGGCCACAAAACCUCUUUCCAAGGUGCAAACGCAGAAGCGACUCUUGUCACCUCUCCAGAUCCAGUUCGCGCUUCUAGAGGCUCUGCGGCUGCUGCACGAGAGAAGCGAAACAGAGGAUCACGACGGCUCUUCCAGAGAAGACGAAGAUGGCGACAGGAUGAGGCGUCGGAGGACGCGACUGGAGUCUAUUCUGAAGUCGGUCGACGCCCUCCUUCUCGCCCUUCUCCCCAGCUAUGCAUCUGCUUCUUCGGCACACUCUGAGGAGACUCCGCCACAGACGUUGGGGGUGUCGAGUCCCGCGCUUCGGACCACCCUGGGACUAACGAGCACAGCGAUUUCUCUCGCGUCCAGUGGAGAGUUUCCUCGCCUUCGCCGAUUCCUCACUUCUCUCCCACUGCUGCCAUUUGAGCUGUCGCGCCUCCUCUCCCCGCCUGCGCAGCCUGCCUUCCCUCGCCCUGCAGUCGGCUGGUCUCCAGACGGGAGGCGAUCUGCAGAAGAGCCUCUCCAUCUCUUUCCGGCCUUGGCGGCUCUUCAGAUGCUUCUGAUGCGUGUGGCUGAAGCGCGGAAGACCCCAGACGACAGCCUGCCGGCUGGCGACGCGUUCCUCGCGUUUGCAUACAGUCUCGUUCGCGAGACUCCCGAGCUCCUCAACCUCCCUCCACAUAUGCAAACGUAUCUUCCUGCUUCGCUUGCCUUCUUUCUCGCCCACGUACGACACUCACUCAAAGAAAGACAGCCUGACAGUUCCAAGAUCUCGUCUUCUCCGCGGACUCCUUCUUCUCCUUCUUCUCCUUCUUCGCCUGCUUCCUUUUCUUUUGCGUCUCCUUUUGCGUUGGAAUCUUCGCCGGCCCUGACUGCGUCUCUGAACGCAGUGGCGGAGAUGGAGAGGCGCGAGCCGGAGCGCGUGAAGGAGGAAAUUGAGGCGGCGAUGAAGAAAGCAAGUCGGGAGCGCGUCUUCGCCAAAACUCUGGAGCUCAUCGUCUCUGUGCGCUGGCAGACGAUGCGGCUUCUUGAACAACUUACGAAAGAGAAAAGCGCGCGGAGACAGACAGGCGCAGAGCGAGACGAGCUGAGACGAAGUCGGUCGAAAGACGAAACCUACGUCGGCAGAGUCCUCGCCAGAGAACGCAGACGAGUCGUCUCGAUGUACGGCCAGCUCUUGAGGGCCUUCCAGAACGAUGGCACUUUUCCUCUUUGCCUCUCCGAACUUGUUUUCUCGGAACUGCGGAUCUGCGACAUGACGUCGCAGCGCAGACAUCUCCCUUCUUCCCCCGAGCUUUCUCCGCAUUCUCCUCUCUCGGCUUCCUCUCCAUCUUCUGCCUCUUCCCCCCCGCCUCAGUCUUUGGCGUCUUCUGAUUCUCGGUCGCAUGCUUCGUCUGCUCCUUCUUUCUUGUCACGGGCGUACGUAGCUGCGCUGCGCAGCUACUCGGCGUUUGCAGCUGCGGCCGACAGUUUCGCCUCUGUGCCUGAAGGGAGAAACGAAGGAACUUUCGCGGCCGAGACUGCCGCCCAAGCUGCAGUGGAGCUUCUGGACCUCAUGGAGUCUGCUGGCGUCGAUCUGCAUGCUGGGGCCUUCGCCGCAGCUCUGAAGGCAACCAGCAAGCGCGCGUCGCCUUCCUUCUUUCCCGCCUUUUUCUUCUCCCGUGACUCCUCACCCCUCCUCGAGGCUCUUCUGCUGAUUCGGCGGAUGACAACGUCUCGCGUUUGUCUCCCCGACGUUCGGUGUUUCAACUACGCCCUCGCGGUCGCAGCUCGGCAAACAUACCUGCCUUCGUCUCUUCCUUCUCUCUCUUCUUCCUUGUCUCCCUCUUCGUCUAGCUACUCUGUCUCUUCUGCGCUCUUGCCUUCUUUCUCCUCUCGAGGUCUCGGCAGUGGAGAGGCAGCGACGAACGGAGACAGGGGAGAGACAGAAGAGGAGACCGGAAGCCUCGCCUUCGGUCGAGGCGAGGAAGGCGCAGUUGCUGCAGAGUGGCUGCUGAGAGAAAUGACAAAGCACGGAGACGUCGGUCCCAACGCGGUGACUCUCACGACUACCCUAGAGGCCUUCAGGAAGGCGGGUAUGCACCCGUCGCCUCUGUUGCAAUCGCUUUUGCCGGAGGAGCCUGGACUCGCGGAGUCUGCUUUGAAGCUGCUCGCUGGCGAGUCUUCUGUCUCGAGUUCUCCUCCCUCUUUAUCGCAUCGUUCUCCUCCUUCUUUAUUGCCUCGUUUUCCUCUCGACGUGGAGACCCCAACGUCUGCAGAGAACCGUGAGGACGGCUCUUUGUCGCCUCUUCUCUCGCAGAAGGCCGCGAAAGUGCGAGUGGUGGACACUCCCCUGUUGAACGCGUUGUUGCAUUGUCAGGCGGUGCGGGGCGACGUGGAGACUGCGGAGCGACUGUUCGUUUCUCACUUGAAAAGUCUGCAGAUGUUCCACUUGGGUCGGAACGCCUUCGAUCGACGCGUGGCUGCACUCGGACGACCAGACGAGACGUCUUUUCAGGCGCUUCUCUUCGCCGCGAACAAGGCUGGGAACCCAAGCAAAGCCGAGCAGUUUCUUCGCCUGCAAGUCAUGUAUCGUCUCCCUCCGCGCAUCCAGCAGUGGAACGAGGUCUUAAAGGCAUACGUCGCACGAUUCAGGGCGUUGUCUGAGGGCCGCGCUUCUCCUGUUAAAUCUGAGGAGAGUCAGGAUCUCUGUGAUCUCUUUCGCAUCUACAUACCAGGAGAGGAUGGGGAAGCCGAGCGCACAGCAGAGAACGAAAGGGUGGAAGAGAAACGAACCGCGAGAAGUGAAGCAGAGGAGCUCUGUGAGUCUGUCGACCGGGUCUGGGGUAUUUUCACGACUCUCAAAACACAGGGACCGUGUCCAGACGUCCGAACGUUUCUGCUUGUAAAUCGUGCUCUCUCCAGCGCAGCCGCUGCUGUGGAGGCAGCCUUCUUGAAACGUGUCUCUGAUGGAGGCAACGAAGGAGACAGAGGAGACAGUAAACCCAGGCGCGAGCUGGCACCUGGUGUCUCACGUGAGAAGAGGUCUGAAGAGACUUCAUGUUCGUCCUCGCCAUCGGAACUUCUGUCGAGGAUUGCCGAGGCUGCGCGCAGAGCGGCCCAGGCCUACAGCGACUUUGUGUCUUCUUCAGAGCUGUCUGAGGCCAGGCGAAAGUCUGCUUGUGGGUCUCCCGCGGCUUGUGCUCCGCCUCCAGAUGCCUGCCAGUUCAAACCGUGGAUAUUCGGAGAAGCCAUGAAAUGCGCAAAUUUCUCGGGAUCGUUUUCAGACGCCAUCCACAUUUUUCUCGACGAGCUCCUCCCCCUGAGAAAGAAGAUUAGGAAGUCCGUGAGUGGAGGACUUGCACAAGGCACUCCCGCAGGACGCGGGGGAGCGGAAACAAGUGGAGCCCAUCGCAGGCGACUCACGGUCGAACGAGCGAGUGUGAAGGGAGGCGACCCGCCUUUGGAGGACAAAGAGCGAGAGAGCGGAAACGAAGACCAGAGUGGAGGAGAUUUUGAAGCCUCGAGCGAAGCCCAACAGCUUCUUCCUCUCCCUGUCUCAGUCGGCCAAGUUCUGAUUCACAGCCUCGAAGGACUGGCGAACGAGCGACUGGAAAUCGUGAGGGAAGACGCAAAGAAGCGGCGCGAGAAGGAGCAGGUUCUGAAGGAACUCGGAGUUCCAGUAGGGGAACAAACCCAAAAAGAAAUCCAGCGAGAAAAAACCAUUCAAAGCCUCACAGCCCUCAUGCAACGCGGCCUUGCUGCGCUGCGACGCGAGUGGCCCAAACUCGCCCCGACCCUCGAGGAGACACUGUGGGGUGUUGAGGAGACCCCAGCGGCGGAUCGUGCAGCGGCGAGUGAGGACGGAGGAAGGCGCAACAACGGAAGUGGAGAGGUCGACGCAACUGUCGACCGUUUGCUCGGGAACGCAAGAAGUGGAACCGGAGCCAGCGCCGAAAAAGUGCCGACAGGAGAUCGCAUUCUUCUCUCCAGGCUCCCCGCGGGCCUCUUCAACAUGGCACACGAACGCGGACGAAACGAGAGAAACCGACAGGAAAGGAAGACCAUCGGCUCGAUGGACUUGGAAAACACAGAACAGUCAAGUUCUGCUGGGACGCGAAGUGGAGAUGGAGAAAUUUCAGAAGCAACAGCCAUGCAGUGGAAAGCGCAAAACGUAUCGCUCUCUCCUGGCCUCGCUAUCAAGCGAGAACUGAUCCAGCAACUCCGGAAAGCUACGACCUUCGAGGAGGCCUACUCGGUCGUUCACAGUCUGUGGCGCCUGCGCUCUAGCCAGCCUGGCUUGGCAUUUGGACCCGGAGAUGAGGCCGUUGUCUUCAGAAGUUUCAUCCGUCACGCGCCCCGUCCCUCGGAGGCUUUGCGCGUCUUCCGAGCUCUCCAAGAAUCUGUCCAAGCAGACUCCCCAACUCCGGCUUCAGGCUAUCUCCUUCCAUCUUCCUCCUCGUUCCUGUCGGCUUUGUCUUCUUCUCCGUCUUCGCCUUCCACUCCGUUUUCUUCUCCUUCUUCUCUUCCUCUGGGUCUCCUCCAGGAGGCCUUUCUCGCUGCUCUUCGCGAAUCGCGUGAGGGCGAGGCAGAGCGUCUGCUUGAAGUUCUUCCGUUCUUCGUCGAGGCGCCGUAUCCGCCGCAGGCCUUGCUAUCUCCUUCGCGUGCUCUGGAGGCGCUGAAGCUCCUAGGCGGACCUGUCGUCGGAGAAGGUGGAGACGCCGGUCCCAGAUCGACAGAGAGCGAAAGAAAGCGAGACACGCAGGCAAUUUUCGCGUUCGUGCAAAAGUGGAAGCAAGCAGUCCGCGGAAAGGACGAAGAACGUCUGGAGCGAGGGCAGAUCGUGAGCCGAGAAGACCUCGAAGAAGCAGCGAUGAAGGCUCUCGGCGAACGGGGCGGCUGGAGAGAGUCCGUCGCUCUUCUGCACGAGCGUCUGACUUCCUCGGCGUCUCCUGCGCCUCUCGCGUGGUGGACCGCCGCCCAGCAGGCAGCCAUGCGAGCGAAGAAGGAAGAAGUCGCCCGCGUUCUGGAGAGACUCACGAGAGUCAAAUUCGCUGUCGCCGCUCCAGAGAAACCUCCCAGUCUGCUGGCCAAGGUAAAGCGCAUGCUCGCGGAAGCGAUGGAAGAAGACGAGGCGAGAAGACGCGAGGAAGAGCUCCUGGAGUCGGCGAGAAGACGAGAGCUCGGUGCGGAGAUUGCGUACGCGGUCGAAGACAAAGACGAGCAAGCGAAGGUUUCAGGAACGCGCCUGCGGCGAGCCGAAACGUCCAAGAACGCGAAGAAACGAAAGAAAACUGCAGAGGAAGAGAUGGAAAGGAUAGACGAGGAGUUGAGUAUUCAGUUAUUUACAAGUUGGAGAAACUCCUGAAUUUGCCGGAGGAAGAACCUGACAAUGACUUGUACUACGGGAAGAAGAAGAAAGUUGCGAAGAAGGCAAAGCCCAAAAAGAAAACAAGACUUCUGUAAGAUGCAGAGCGAUGGAGUGUCUCCAGGUUUCUGCAUGCAACAUGCGACUCACGAGAAAGGUUUGUGAAAAGUGUCUCUGGACAAAUGAGACGCUGUCUUUUGUCUCCGAUUUUUUUUUCGUUUUCUCUGUCGUCUUGUCUCUGUGUCUCUGUGUCUUUUUCGUUUUCUCUGUCGUCUUGUCUCUGUGUCUCUGUGUCUCUAUCUCUCUCUGUCUUCGCUUUCUUGUGUUGUCUUUGCUUCCCUAGAGACUAG